CCCUCUGCGGGCCCCAUGUUUUGUUACUGCUUUUUGUGUGCAUGAAAUGAAUAUAAUAUAAUAUCAGAAUAAAGAUCAAAGUGCGCUGUAACUCAAACGCCUCUUAUCUCUCUCGGUCCUUCAUUGAAAGCUGAUUAUGACGUGGAUACAUACAUCGAUAAAAGAAUUUGCGCAAUAUGACGAUUGUUGAUUAAAACUAUCAGGCCAACGUUGUACGUAACUGCAUGAGAUGGGGGGAAGAACAGGUUGAUUGCAUUAAUAUGCAAACGACCAUCAACACGGUGUUUUGACCAAUCAUCGUCUCAUUUGUAUCCUGGAUUUUAAGAACCAAUCUGGCGGCUUUUUCUGGCCUUAAAACUGUUAGCUUUUCACGAUCAAACUACGCCAUGGCCCGUACGAUUGGGCCUAUAAACAUGAUGUAACCACCCGAAUUUGGUUCAAAACAGAGAUUGCUGGUGAUAUGGCUACCAGGUCGUGAUCAGUAAAGAGUAAUAAAAUAAAAGUUAUACAAAAACAGAUUUGAACAGAACUCUAAACUAGGUUUCAGUAUCCUUCUGAUUGUAUUUCUACUUCCCUUGUUUUGUGUGUAGCAAGUAUAUGCUUCAUCGGUUGCUACCAUUAUAUGAAUUACACUAUGGAUUAUGAGACGAGUUUGUUUACAGCGAUUUGAACUUGACUCCCAUGUGCAUCCUGAGGAAACGUGAAAGGAGACUAAUAUCAUCUCAUCAAAUCAUCGAUAACUGCUAGCAUCGACGGCUUUAUGAACAGGAAAAAUACCACAGAGGUACUAUAUUGUGAUUUAAUCAAGGACUUUGUUCUUUCUGAAACGAAGACACAAGCUCGUCUUGCAAACAUUCAAAGAAAGUGAUAUUCCGUUUGAUUGAUGAGUUAAAAUGUGAUUUCUGACUUGAGUAUAUUAUCAUAUAUAGUCAUGGCUCAGGAGAGCAUUAUUACGGACCGUGUAAGGUAUCCCGGUUUCACGGGCGGGAGGCGACGGAGCAGAGAAUACAAGCUAGCUACCCAGAACUUAUGGGCGAAAGCUCUAUCAGUGAUAGGGGUAGGAGUACUGCUGCUCUUAUCGUAUGCUAUCUUCCCACAAAUACCCCUCAUCGUCGUCGGCGUUUGCACCAUCUUCCUAGGACUCGUUACGCUCGUCGUCGAUCGCGUUAUCAAUAAUAAAUGUAAGAAGGGUAAUGGUCAGCAGGAGAGCGGUGGCGGAGGUCGUCUAGGAGAUGGACCCCCUGGACGUAAUCCUAGUCACUCUACGUCAAAUCAAGCCAUGGAGAAUGGAACAUCACAUGAUAUUUGGAUAUGCCCGAUGUCUUCAGAGUGGCCCUUCCCGCCUCCAUCACCACCGCCUGUCUAUACGCCUACUAACCCCAUACCUCUAGAUGAAACAAUUGAGCUUGGUCCACCGCCAUUCGAACCCCCACUUCCCCUCGGCCUCCCUCCUCCUCCUCCUCCUCUCACUCCCCCUCCUCCACUCACACCUCUCCCUUCUCGUGUUAACGAUUACGAAAUCGAUCUAUCAGACUCUGAAGAAGACGACGAGGAUACGGUGACCGAGCUACCGAUCAUGUUCCCGCUACGAACCCGUCGACGAUGCAUCUCGACACCACCGCUUCCAACUUACCAAGACGUCAUUGAGGAAGAUCGACGAACAUUAGCCUCAGCGUCUUCCAUGCCGUCACUUUACUCGCAUACCUCAUCGUCGUCGUCGUCGCAAUCACCUGUUAGCGACACAGCAGUGAGAUUACCAGACACUUCAACGGCUUUAUCAAACAGUGAUCUCACAUCGACCUCAUCUCCGAUCACGUACUCAUCACCUGAGCAUGCUUUGCGGUUGAGAGCGACUAGCUUACCCGUCAUGACAUCGCUAGAAAACACCUCAUCGAACUAGGAACUAAUCAUUUGAAUUACUUGUUCAAACCCGGAAGUGGUUAAAUGAAGUUAACAGUAAAAAACAUUAAUAUAUAAUUAUAUGAACUGAGUGGAUUCCAAUUUAGAGUCGGGAAUAACAAGUUAUGUACAUGUAUAUGUGAAACCAAGAGAUCUACAAAAGACUCAGCUUCUUGCCGUAACCUACUUUAAAUGCUUCCUUUCUAUUUGAAUUCAGAGUUAGAAACGUUUGAUAACCUAUAUUGUACUUGUUAAUAAACGAACUCGGAAAACACUUAAUUAUCUACGAUUGUGUCUUCUCAAUUCAUCUCUUUAACUCAUUAUCUAACCAUAUGCCAACGAUGGGAAGUUGUUGGUUAAAGAUACUAUGUCCCUUUUGCAGCCAACAUCAAAUUCUGUAGAACUUUGCAGGAAUUAUGAAAAUGUUAUGUGUACGUCCUAUAAAAAGUAUAAUGGUCAACAUAAAAACUGAUUGAAUCUAUGUGCAAUCACAAAACUUACGAUCAUUCGGUAAAAGGGUCUGACAAUCAGACUAUUACAUAGGUGAUUGCAAUCCCUCAAGUCGAUUCAACAACUAAUGGUCAUUUUUUUCCCCACUAAAAGCCAU